GCUAGAGUGAUGAUGUAUGUAAACAAGUCAUGGUGAAACGCCUCUGACUUGAAAGUAAAUUUAGUAAACGUAAAUUCUUCCGAUUUCCAGUUUAUACCGACUGUGGAUCUACUUGAUUCGUCUUUCUUAGAGAUGGGGAUGUUAUAGCAUUAUAACUUAUCACGUCUAAAAUGGCGGGAUUGGAAGAAUUGAAGAAGAAGCUUACUCCAUUAUUUGAUUCUGAAAAGGGUUUCACAUCUAGCUCAUUUCUAGACCCUAACGAGUCUUGUAUGCUGUCAGAUGGUGGCACUAUUAACUUAUUGAGCAGAUCAUAUGGACAUUACAACAUUAAUGAACUUGGGCUUCACAAGUGCUCAUCUUGGUCUUCUGAUGAUUCAGAUAAUGGAGAGAAGACUUACAAAUGCGCUUCCCACGAGAUGCGGAUAUUUGGAGCCAUAGGUAAUGGUGCAAGUAGUGUUGUUCAGAGAGCUAUUCACAUACCUACUCAUCGAAUUAUUGCACUAAAGAGGAUCAAUAUUUUUGAGAAGGAGAAAAGACAACAACUUUUAACCGAGAUAAGAACAUUAUGUGAGGCACCUUGUUACCAAGGAUUGGUAGAAUUCCAUGGAGCGUUUUAUACUCCUGAUUCAGGGCAGAUAAACAUUGCAUUGGAGUAUAUGGAUGGCGGGUCUCUAGCAGAUGUAUUAAAAGCUCAAAAAUGCAUAUCUGAACCCGUUCUUUCUUUUAUGGUUCAAAAGCUCUUGCAUGGAUUAAUAUAUUUGCAUGGCGUUAGACACUUAGUUCACAGAGAUAUAAAGCCUGCAAAUUUACUAAUUAAUCUGAAAGGCGAGCCAAAAAUAACAGAUUUUGGAAUCAGUGCAGGCUUAGAGAAUUCAAUGGCAAUGUGUGCAACCUUUGUUGGAACUGUUACAUAUAUGUCACCAGAGCGAAUUCGAAACGAUAACUAUUCGUAUCCAGCUGACAUUUGGAGCCUAGGGCUUGCACUUUUUGAAUGCGGUACUGGAGAAUUUCCAUACAAAGCUAAUGAAGGACCUGUUAAUCUUAUGCUCCAGAUCCUGGAAGAUCCCUCUCCAUCACCAUCAAGAUGUCUCUUUUCACCAGAGUUCUGUUCUUUUAUUGAUGCAUGCCUGGACAAAGAUCCUGAUGGAAGGCCAACAGCAGAGCAGCUUCUUUCUCAUCCUUUCAUCACAAAGUACAAGGAUACAGAGAUGGACUUAUCUGCAUUUGUUCGGAACAUUGUUGAUCCUGUUCAGAAAAUGAAGGAACUAGCGGAUAUGCUAACGAUUCAUUAUUACUCGUUAUUCAAUGGACCAGAUAGUCUCUGGCCGUAUAUGAAGACCUUGUACAGUGAACAAUCAGUUCUCAGCUUUGCUGGCAAAGAAUAUGUUGGCCCGAAUGAGAUCUUCGCAAGUUUGACGGAUUUAAGGAGUACAUUGGCUGGAGAUUGGCCUCCAGAGAAGCUAGUGCAUGUUGUGGAAAAGCUUCAGUGCAAAGGUCAUGGGCAAGAUGGAAUUGCAAUCCGUGCAUCUGGAUCAUUUAUAAUUGGUAAUCAGUUUCUCAUUUGUGGGGAUGGAGUACAAGCUGAGGGCUUGCCCAAUUUCAAAGAUCAAUCUAUUGAUUUAGAAAGUACGCGAAUGGGAAGGUUUAAAGAGCUAUUAAUCAUGGAACAAAAUGAUGUUAUUGGUUGUUACUUUAUAUCUAAGCAAGAGAUUUAUAUUUUACAAUAACUGUAUAGUUUUUGUAAAAAAUUCACACGAAUAAAUAUCUAUUGCUGAAAACUUUAUGCCUUUCACCAGGUUUGAGACUUCCAUUUCUU